AUGAUACACAUCUUGGAUCACCAGAAAGUGGUAUCAAGUGGAAAAAUAAUUUCUUCUUCUCCCACCAUUUUCCUAUCUUCCAUAUUUUUCUCUUUCUUCUUCCUCAUUUUUCUAUCUUUCACAGUUUUCUUCUUUUUCUUCACCUUACACUUCCACCAUUUUUUCUUUCUUUCACAUUCUUUCUCUUCCAUUUUUCUAUCUGCCACAUUCUUUUUCUACUUCUUCACUAUUUUCCUAUCUUCCAUAUUCGUGUUCUUAUUCCAUUUUCUAUCUUCCAUAUUUUUCUUCUUCUUCUUUCACAUUUCUUUUUUGCCCACUUUUUUAUCUUCUUCUUCUUCCCCCAUUUUCCCAUCUUCAACAUCCUUCUUCAAUUUUUCUAUCUUCUACUCUUUUUCUGUCUUCCACAUGCUUCUUCUUUCAUGUUUAUAUAUUACACUUUCUUCUUCCAUUUUUCUAUCUUCCUCAUUAUUCUCUUCAUCUUCUUCUCCUUCGCCCAUUUUUCUUUCCUUCUUCUUCUUCUCCCCUUCUCCUUCUUCUCCCAUUUGUUUGUUUGUUUGCUUCUUCUUCUUCUUCUUCUUCUUCUUCUUCUUCUUCUUCUUCUUCUCCUUCUCCUCCUCCCACUUUUCUAUCUUCCACAUUUUUCUUCUUUGUCUUCUUCUACCAUUUUUCUAUCUUCUUCAUUCCUCUUUUUCCACCAAUUUUACACUUUCCACAUUCUUCUUCAUCUUCAUUCUUUCCUCGGCUUGUAUUAUCCUUCUUUUACUUCUUCAUCACCCCUCCCACCGGCUUGUUCUCUUUUUUUUUGUCUUCAUUUUCUUUCUCUUUCUUUUCUCUAUACUCCCUUCUAUGAUUCAUGGCAAUAUUGUUUUUUACCUUCUCCUUUUUCUCUCUUUUCUUUCUUCUUCUUACUUUUUACUCAACUGUCCUCUUAGGCCCUUUAUUUUUCUCUCACCAUUUCCUCUCCUUAAAUCACUUUCUCCUUUUUCUUUUACUUUUUUGUUACAUUCAUGA